AUGAGAAGUAGUGCUGGAACGAUCACAGUGGCUCUGGUUCUCUGCAUUUUUCUACCUAUUGGCAUCUCUAGGAACCUGCUGAUCAUCUGGAGUAUUCUGGCUCAAACCCAUCAGCGUUCCAUCACCACUCUCCUGAUCUUAAACCUAGCCUUCGCGGAUGGAUUCCUGAUGUUUUUAUUGCCAUUCUUCAUUGUUUAUUUGGUAAAACACACUUGGAUCUUUACCCUACCACUGUGCAAGAUUCUGUUGUACCUCUGCAGUACUAACAUGUACUCAUCAGUAUUUUUGAUAACACUAAUGAGUCUGCACAGGAUGGUGGCUAUAUUUGUGGUUGUAAACAUCUACAACCACAAGAUACUCAAUCGAAUCUGGACCUCUUUUCAUGGCUUUGCCUCCAUGGUCACAUUCAUCAGCAGCUCUGUAAACCCUGUCCUUUACACUUUUGCUAGAAAGUCUUUCAUUAAGCGUGACGGCCUGGCCUUCAUGGCACGGCUGUUUUAA